AAAACAAAAUAAUGGACAUCAAUCACGAUUGGAAUAACAAUCGCGUUUACCCGUGAAAUCACGAAUCCGCCCGCCCAUCGCUCAACACAACAUUAUCCUGAUCCACCCACUAUUCCAGUUCGGUCAGCGGCUGACCAGUGACGGGUGAGCCGCCAUUGUGAAUAAGUGAUCGUGCCUUCGCCUUUGGCCGUUGAAUUCCUGAAUUCCAGACUUCUACAACCCGCAUAGCAUGGCGUCCUCCGAAGCCGGAGGCCAUGACGAGCAUAUCUUGGGGGGUCGACUAUUAUCCUCCUUGCGGGUAGUGGACCUCAGAGAGGAACUGGUGACCCGCGGUCUGUCCAAGUCCGGCGCCAAAAAGGACCUCGUGCAUCGACUCAAAACCUACCUCGACCAACAAUCCUCGCCCAUCGCAACGUCCACCGCCGAAUCCACACCUGUGGAGGAACCAUCCACGGAGUCCCCUAAAGCUGAGCCCCCACCGGCCACCCCAGCAGCGCCCCCGCUCACUUCGCCCGAGCGGCCGAGCGCCGCGCCAGGGGCCCUGCCGCAGAUGAAGAUCAACGCCCAGUUAUCGGAUAACGACUUCGUCAAGGAUUAUUUGGCGCUUCGACAGAGUCAGUUUCAAUCAGCCACGGCUAAUGCGGCACUGACUCAAGGGGCCAGUCCGCCGACGGUGGAGCCAUCAGCCUCACCGGACCCGGCUAUUGCAAGUGCGUCUACCCCCGCCCCAGCUAGCCCGGCGCCACCCCAUGUCCCGGUCCGUGCUACGGAUGCGCCCUCGCCCACCCGCUCUGAGACGGUACCUGCACCGGCCGAGGCCAGUCCCACCCCGCCUCCGGCCGGGGCUGAAAAGCCAACCAGUCCGGUGGUCUCACUCAAAACCCCAUCCCAAGCCUCAGUUCCCGAUCGUGAGGCCAAGCCCCCAACGGCUUCUCCGAAGGUCCCCGAGAACAAUGCUGAUCCUUCAGUCUCAACAACAUUGAAAGCGACCGAGCCCACUGUUGCAGCGGUAGCGACAGAAUCCCCGGCCACUCCAGUCACUAGCGCGGUCCCAUCCCACCCAACGGACGAGUUAGUGCCUCUGCGAACCAUGACUGCCACUCACAAGGAGAAAUCGGAAAAGUCGAGCAAGCGCAAUUGGGGUGGCCGCAUUCUCAAUCCUGUCGACGAGGAAAAGCAUCCUGAUGAGGACGAUUCGCCCAGUGACAUGUCCAGGGAGAUUUCCAGCCAAUCCCUCAAGGAUCUGGUACCCAAUUAUAAGCGGCUAUCAGACGAAGAGAAGGAAAUCCAAAUGGAUGUUAUGGAGUCGGAUAAGGUGUUGGAGUUUGAAGAAACGAGUGCUCGGAAAUCCCCCCCAGCCGUGGUCGAGCAGGUGAGCCGCCAACCUGCUCCUAUUGCUCCGCCUGAAAGUACCACGAAUGAUGAACCUCCGCCCUCCAAGAGACCCUUGAUUCGAUCAUCCGCGUCGCCAGAAAGGGCCUCCAUCGAGGGCGAACCAAGCCAGACACCUCAGUCUUCGGUGGUAUUUGUGGCCAACCUCGUUCGACCGUUCACGGUCAAUCAACUCAAAGCUCUCUUAGCUCGAACAGGGACGUUUGAAGGCGAACAAGACUUUUGGAUCGACAAAAUCAAAUCCAAGUGUUAUGUAAGGUAUGCCAAACAUCAAGAGGCCAAGGACACAAUUGCCGCCCUAAAUGGGGUCGUUUGGCCCUCUUCCAAUCCGAAGAAAUUGUUGGUCAAACUGUCCUCUGAAACGCAAUUCAAUGAGGUGCUCCAAAAUGGUGGCCCUGUUGGCCUGGCCUCGGCCAGGCCCCCAGUGGGCUCCAACACCAAUCCCCUGCCUAACCUCAACCUGACUCGACCCUUGGCAGAUGCCGCUCAAGGUACAAACGGCGGAGGCCAGAGCGUUAAACCGGUAGAGGCCAAGCCUUUAGAUGAGCUUUUCAAGAAAACGAAGCAUCACCCCUGCAUUUACUGGAAGACAACUGACGUGUCGAAAGCUUAAUGGAACCCCGAAAAUAUCUUCUCGUUUAUUUAUUUGGUAUGUUUGAGUGGCUGCAAUUUCGAGCCUAUAUGUGUAAUCAUUAAUCAGCGGAAAUAGACAUUUGCGUAAGUGAA